CAGAGUUAACAGACUGUCUUGGAUAGCAGGAGAAAUGUCUACCAACUUCUCUGUGGACCCGGUGGAUUUAAACACCUCUGACACCAACCAGAUGUGUGACGUCUUUGUCUACCAGAGAACUGCCUUGAUCAUCUUCCCAAUCUUUUACUCUCUGGUGUUCCUCAUCAGUGUCUGUGGCAACUGCCUUGUCCUGUAUGUGACCUGUCAGAAGAAGCAGAAGUUCAACUCAACGUCUCUUUACCUGGUCAACUUGGCUGUGUCUGAUGCAUUGUUCACAUUGGCACUGCCAGGGAGAGUCACUUACUACAUCAGACAGUUUGACUGGCCAUUUGGGGAUUUGCUCUGCAGGCUGGCUACUAUGUUGUUCUUUUCAAACACAUACUCCGGAAUUGCCUUCAUGACAUGUAUCAGUCUAGACCGGUACCUGGCCAUGGUCCACCCCCACCGGCUACAGUACCUGCGGAGUGUCAAAGUGGUGCGAACGGUCUGCUGCCUCGUCUGGCUACUGGUGUGUCUGGAAACCACCCCCCUGCUCUUCCAUACCAUGCUCCAUGACCACAGAGGCCGACGAACCUGCAUGGAGUACUUCACCUUUGAGGGUGCUCGCUCCACCCCUUAUCUUCUCUUCCUGGCCUGUACGGUUUCCUUCUGUCUCCCCCUACUGGUCAUCAUUGUGUGUUACACCCGGAUCAAUCUCAAACUGAGUCGCACGGCCAAACAGAACCCACUGACAGGCCGCUUGGGUCGUAGCCAAAGAGCCAACAAUAUCAUCCUCCUCAUCCUCCUCACCUUCGUCCUGUGCUUCAGCCCCUACCACCUCAACAUCAUGCAGUUCAUGCUGAGGAAGAUGCUGGGCCAGCCCAAGUGUGACGAGAUGCGGGCAUUCAAGGCUUCCCUACAGGUGACUGUCUCCAUGAUGAACCUUAACUGUUGUCUGGACCCUGUCAUCUACUUCUUUGCCAUUAAGACGUACAAGCAGAGGGUGAUGAGUCUGUUCAAGGGCUACCUUUCUACCCCUGCUCCUUUCUCCAAAACCGCCACCGACAACAGUAGCAGCAACACCUAAACAUCAACACCAGUAGGAAGAGAUUGUGGUAGUUCUUUAUUAAACCAGAAAGAAGUUGAGGAAGCUAUUGAAGGUGAUUGCACCUAGUUGAUUUCUGCAUCUAGGGUUUGAUUUGAGGUGUUACAUUUGUGUAAGAAACUGAGAAUUUUGUUUUGCGAUAGUGAGCAAAGAAUUAUCAGGCUGUAACCAUUGUUUGGGUGCUAGACCGUCUAAAACUUUGUUCACACUGCAUCACAUUGCUUACAUUGUUACUCAAGUUGUCAUUGUAAUUGCGGGUGUGUGUCCAGUUGUUGUGUACUGGUAUUAAGUUAAGGUGACUGACAACAAUGCCUGCCAUGGAAGUCUCCCAGUUGCUUUGAAUGUUCAAAAUCAUAGCGUAAGAACACUUUUAAAGUGUCAAAGGAUAAGGUGAUCCAACUUUCAGAACUAGUCAUUUUUGGCUAGCCAAAGCAGUCAACAAGCUUGCUAGGUAGCUGUUUAGCUUGCUAGCACAAAUCACCAAUGUGUUUGUAAACAAUUAACAAGCUAGAUAGCUACCACAUGUUGUUGUCAAACUGUCAACUGAGAAGCCUGCAAACAACACGAUACGCCAAAUAACAGUAAAAAAAUACUAGAAGGCAAAUAAAUCAGAGUUGAUUGUUCAGACACAAGUCAAAUCAUUUACAAAUAUGGUCCAAAUUGGGUCUUGAAAUAUUCAAUUCGAUGUGCUUUUUGUCUGUUCAGACUGCAGAAAAAAAUAAUAUAUUAAAAUCAGAUAUGCAUUUUUUUUUGUCACUUCAAACCAGUGUGAACAAGGCUUAAUAAGAUGUAAUUAAUAUGGAGCAGUCUGAUUUUGAGUAGGCUGAUUUUGAGCUCAGCUUGAACUAUCAAAACUGCAAACUCAGCCUAAAGGCAAAGGUCACUUAUCGCUUAUAUUUAAGGCAGGGGAGCAUAUUGACAUGGGGUCCAUAUCAAAUUGACCAAUUAAUUAACUUCAAAUCACUCCAUAUGUGUUUCUUUAUUUACGUAAUGCCUAUACAGAUGGUGUAAAUGAUUUACACUGUGCAUAUCCCAUUAUGUGUUUUAUAUUGCUAUGCCCUGUCUAAGCUGGGAGGGAGGCUACUUACUAAGCCAUAUGGAAUUGCUUUAAGCAGGUCAUACCAUGGAACAUUUUGUUACUUGAUUUCGAAUUCGAUUUUUUUAAAUAUAAAAAUGAUUUGAUGAAGAAGAAAGCACUGGCCUUACUGCUAUUAGCCCAUACAAACACAUUGAUUCACUACAUGGAACAGAUAGUCCCCCACCAAAGAAACAUAAAGGAAGUUUGUCCUAUACCUUUAACAUACAAGAAAAAUCUGGAAACAUUUUUACAUGUAUUUAACGCUAUAU